UGAGUUCCAUCCCUUGCUGAAGUACACCUGUCGCCACCCCUUAUUCUCUGAAUCGGAGCCCGAGCCCUGUGGAGGCUGCAAUCAUGAAGGAGAGACGGGCGCCCCAGCCAGUAGUGGUCAGAUGUAAGCUCGUGCUGGUGGGCGAUGUGCAGUGCGGGAAGACAGCGAUGUUACAGGUGCUAGCGAAGGACUGCUAUCCCGAGACCUAUGUGCCCACGGUGUUCGAGAAUUACACAGCCUGUUUGGAGACUGAGGAACAGAGAGUGGAGCUUAGUCUCUGGGACACCUCAGGGUCUCCCUACUAUGACAAUGUCCGUCCACUCUGCUAUAGCGACUCAGAUGCAGUGUUACUAUGCUUUGACAUCAGCCGUCCAGAGACAGUGGACAGUGCACUUAAGAAGUGGAGGACAGAAAUCCUGGAUUAUUGCCCCAGCACCCGAGUUUUGCUAAUUGGCUGCAAGACAGACCUGAGAACAGACCUGAGCACCCUGAUGGAGCUGUCACACCAAAAGCAGGCACCCAUUUCCUAUGAGCAGGGCUGUGCAAUAGCCAAGCAGCUGGGUGCAGAAAUCUACCUGGAAGGCUCAGCUUUCACCUCGGAGAAGAGCAUCCAUAGCAUCUUUCGGAUGGCAUCCAUGGUGUGUCUGAACAAACCCAGCCCUGUGCCCCCGAAGAGCCCCGUCCGAAGCCUCUCCAAGCGACUCCUCCACCUCCCCAGCCGCUCCGAACUCAUCUCUUCCACCUUCAAGAAGGAAAAGGCCAAAAGCUGUUCCAUUAUGUGAAGUGGGAGUUGGAGCAGGGAGACCACACCUCCCCACUUCCUCCCUUGGGAUGCAGAGGCUCGGGGGAGGGGGAGGAUGUAACAAUUUAGGACACUGGAUAUGAGCUUUGCGGAUGGUCACCGUGAGGGGUUGGAAGGAGACAGGCAAGGGACAUGAAGGUACCAGGUCUGACACUGAGGACUGAACUAGAACCAUCACACCCCAAGCUGGGCACUAGGUUGUGGAGAGGGCAGCCACUCCAGAGGAAAGAAAAGUGUGGGUCAUGGUGUAUGUGAGUGUGUGGGGGGAGGGGGAAUGCUGGCCUCACAGGCUUGGGGGUGUACAGGAGCCUUCACCUCAGCAUCAUGCCUCUUCACACAGUGUUUCCCAAGCAGGCCCCGGGAUGGGAGGGGUCCCAGAGCCCUUCCCCUCCCCUCUAAGGAGUGGCAGAGGAACGGAGAGUGGGGGAAGCCCAGAGGCAGCUCCCUUGGGAGCUUUGCCCAGGUGCUGUAUCACAAAAUCAGGAGUGCAGGGGCUGGUCAGAGCCAGUGGAGGGAAGCUUCAUCUUUGCAUAGUCCAUGAAUCAUGGAGUGGUGUCAUCAUACAUUCACAUGCUUCUCACCUAAGUCCCCAGGGCUCAAGGGAGAAGCUCCAGACCCCCUUCUCUUGUGGAGUGUGGGGGGGUGGUGAUGGUGCUGCAGGGGCAGGGCUGGGGGAAGGUCACCAGACUUUUCCUGCCCACAGGGCAGCACAGCUGGCAUUUGUUUUAUAGACUUGUCUUUG